GGGCAGGGGCGGCCGCUGCGAGCCUCCCCUCUUCCUCUCUGCUGUGUUUCAGGUGUGGCCAUGGUGGAAGCCGCCGGCCCCACGCGGCUGCUGGAGGUGUGCGGGCAGCGGCUCUCCCGGUUCCUCCGCGAUGCCGAGCACAAGCGCCUGGCGUGGCUGCGGGAGGUGGAGGAGCAGGGCAUGAGGAUGCUGGAGAGCAACCUGGGCGCUGAGCCCGGGCCGAUGACCAGAACGCCCUCCCAGAGGAGACGCUCCAGGAAGAGGCAGUCCUCCUCCCUGAAAGACUACAGCAAGGAGCCCAGCAGGAGGAGGUUGUCCAGAAGGAGAAGCAGCAUCAAGCUCGUGUCUUUCAAGCCAGGCUCCCAAAGGCGCCAGAGCAAGGAGCAGCCCCUGGAUCCUGGCUGUGGUGGGGAGGGUGCCCAGGCCUGUGCUGCACCCGAGCUCCCAGCACUGCCUGGGGACGGGGCAGCAGAAGCACCAGGUCCCAGCAGAGCCCAGGCGGGUGACCCACAGCGCAGCCCUGCGGGUGCCUGUGAGCUCCCUGUGUGCGAGCAGUCACCGCGGGGGGAUGCAGACAGCGAGUGGCAGGAUGAGGCCCCUGUCACCGGGGUCCGUGCUGGCCCCGCAGCGAGGGGGGCACAGGCAGCCCCCGGCAGAAGAACGAGCACCUCCACUCCCAAGGCUGCCGGAGCCGGGGCUGCUCCGGACCUGGCAGAGCCGCUCCUGCCGGGCUCCGGCAGCCGAGGAGCUGCGCUGGGACCCCGAGCGCGGCGCUGCUCCGGGCGCCGGAGCUCGCUGAGUGCCCCCCCCGCGGGCCGGCGGUGCUCCCUGGCCGGCCGGAGGGCGAGCAGGAGCCGCAGGGCAGUGGCCAGGAAGGCGGCAGCGGCGGCGGCGCUGGAGUCGUCCUCUGCCUCCAGCAGAGUGAGCUGUCAGAGCUCCCUGGAAGCGUGCGUGGAAGAGGAUGUGGCCGGGACGAGGCCUGGGCUGGAGCUGGACCCCCCAAGGGAAGGGGCUCCUGAGGACACGCUCCCUUCCAGCAGAAGCACCCUGGCUGCCAGCUGUCCUCCGUGUCCCAAGCAGCAGGCAGGGAGCGAUGGAGGCUCCUCCACAGGAACCCCGGUAAAUCCCAUCAGGGAAUCCCAGAACAAGGACCAGGAGCGAUCACCCUGUGCCAGGCCCCAGGAGGAUCCCCCAUGCAUCUGGACCAGGAGCCGCACGCAGGCGAUGGGCGCUGUGUGGAAGGGGCAGCAGCAGCAGCCGGGGGCUCAGGCCCCGUCCCCUUCGGGUGAGCGGCGCGGGAGCCCCGCAGAGCCUCCCCCCGGCGCGGGCAGCAAGGUGCUGCGGAGCCUCCUGCGGGCCGUGCAGCGGCACCCGCUGCCCCCCAGCCCGGCCCCCCCGCCCCACGGCGGGGUCGUGAGGAGCCUCCUCCAGCGCAGCACCCGCACCCGGCCCAGCCCCAAGGGAGACUUCGUUGUAAGUAACGACACCCUUAACUGUGGGCACUGGAGGGUUCUAUGGGCCUCGUGGGCACUGACAGCUCCUUCCCCUGUCACUGGCAUCAUGCAGCUGUGGCCACGCCAGUGCACUGUUGCCAAACCUGCGUUGUUUCUCCCCUACUAUUCACUUCCCAUCCCGGAGAAGGAGCGGCAGAGACUGGAAAGCCUCAGGAAGAAGCAGGAAGCUGAGGAGCAGAGGAAGAAGAAAAUGGAGGAGGAGAAGAGGCAGCGGCAGGCGGAAAUGAAGCAGAAGAGGGAAGAGCGCCUGAGGAAGGCACUGCAGGCUCGGGAGCGGGCAGAGGAGGAGAAGAAGAAGCGGAUGGAGCAGAAGAUCCUGCAGAGCGAUGAGAAGGUGCGGCUCUCCCAGGCGCGGGACAGGGAGGAGAAGGCGGAGGAGCGGGGCAGGAAGAAGCUGUCCAAGAAGUCUGGGGAAGCUGAGGCACGGAAGCAGAAAGCGCUGAAGGGGGAGGAAGAUGAACUGGAGCAGCCAGAGCCGCUGCAGAAGAGGAGAGAGGAUGAAGUGAGGGGGAAAGGAAAGAAAGUCUUGGAACUGAGAAGUCUUCUGGAGCAGCAGCAGGCGGAACACGGGAAGGAGAGGGAUCACAGACCCGGAGGGAAGGAGAAGCCUCCCCAUCCGCAGCUGAGGGCAGCGGCGUUCCCCGAGAAGCACAGAAAGCAGGAGGAAGCUGGUCUGCAGCGCCCGGGAGAGAGGAAGCUCAAGCAGCCGGAGGCCCCGACUGCUGCCGCUGGCACAGGGCUGAGCAAAACGCUAAAGAAAUCCAUCUCCGCACCCUACUUGAAGCCCCUGAAGGGCACGGAGCAGAGCAGCCACCCAAAGGUGAGCGAGGACAACUAUGGCAUGGACCAGAACAGCGACGAUGCCACAGAUGAUGAGAACGACCCUCGGAACCCGGUCCCUGCCUGGGCCGACGGCCCUCGGCUCAAGCAGGGCAUCAUGCACCAGUACUACCACCCAGUGAACACGGACCAGCUCUUCGGGCUCAUCUCAGGCCUCCGGCUGGAGGAGAUCUUUGGCAAGAGCAAGCCCCGGUACUUCAAGCGCACGAGCUCGGCCGUUUGGCAUUCCCCACCACGGCCCAGAUCCGCCUCUGGCCCCUCCUGCAGCCUCAACAAGUGAGGAGAGGGGCAGGGAUGUGUCUGAUGCCCACCCGCAGCCUCAGCCUGGGUCUCAGUGUGGAGCCCGGGGGCAGGUCUCACUGCAGCCUCUGUGUACAAUUUUAACCCAUUUUUUGUACAGAUUAAAUUAUUAAAUAAAGUUCUGUUGCAAUAACC